UCUAUGCCCAAGCUUUCAUACUCCUCUCCCCUAAGCGGGGAAGAAAAAAUGCUAUUGCAUCUUGAAGUUGCUGGGAAAGCGUUAUAUGUACUGGUCCUCGUUGUUUUUCUACUUUUGUAUUUAGGAGAGUGGAAACGUAAUCGCAGAGGUGGUCGCCAUGUCCAAACUACUGGGCGUGCCAACUUUGUCGGUGGUGAUGGUGAUAAUGGGGGCGAAACCAUCAGCGGCCAAAUUGCUAGCGAAGUUCAUGCCAUUGUCGAUGAUACAAUGGGCGGCCAAUUCGCUGGGGAAGUCCGUUUCGAUGUCGCCGGUGAUGAUGAUGGUGGCACCAUCAGCGGCAAAAUAGCUAUGAUCCAACUUCACUAG